ACUGUGCUCAGUGCACAUCUGAUAUCCUCCUGUUGCCUUGUCGGCUUUGGCGGGCAAGGGGUUUGUCUUUCAUUGAUAGUUCUUAAGAAUGAAUAACGAAACAUCAGAGCUGGAAAAUAAACCUGAGAACAAGAACAUGUGCAAACGUGGUUGUGGCUUCUAUGGAAGUGUUCGAUUCAAAGAUAUGUGUUCCAAAUGUUAUCAGGAGCAUAUUAAAUGUAGUUCUACCUUGGAGCAAGCUACACUUGUUCAUUCCACUUCAAUUGAUAUACCAGAUAAUCGAAAGUCACAGCUCUUAGAUUGCUGUGAACACUCUCCCAAAGAUUCCACUUCAAAUCAGUCAGACCCUACAACAUCUUCCCAAUUAUCUCGUGCGCUUAAACGAAAGGCAAAUCCCUCAGUCUCUGCAGAAACUUCCAAAGCCGACUCGUCAGCUUCCCGUCCCGUUCUUGGCGUCAAUCGUUGCACUUGGUGUCGCAAGCGUGUUGGACUGACAGGUUUCGCUUGCCGCUGCGAUGGACUGUUCUGCUCAUUACAUCGAUAUUCCGAUCAGCACGAGUGUGCUUAUGAUUAUCAAGCAAAUGGUCGUCUUGAACUAGCUCGCGCCAAUCCAGAAGUACGUUGUCCCAAAAUUCGAAAACUGUGAGAUCACGGACAGGAUUCCGGAUCUUCUAAACCUUUGAUAUAUUCCUCUCAUUUUCAUUACGCCUUUCACGACAAAAUCAACAUUAAGACGAUAUCAGCUCCUACUACAACACAACUUGUUUUCUUUUUUCAUAUUUAUUCAAUGCCUUUGAUUUUGAUUUUCUUCGCACACCGAUGGUCUUUACAAAGUUUAUCAUAAAUCUUUUUGUGAAUAUUAAUACACUAAUAAAUCAUAUUUGUCAAUCAAUUCUAAUCCAUCUCUAUGGCAUUUGUUGCUUCAUCUUUUAUUGUGAUUAUAUUAUUACCAUCUACUCCUACCUAUGGGAUUUUUCUCACGUUGGGAUUCCAAUGUAUUUUCAUUUUAUGGAACAUGUUGCAUUAUAGAUUUUCCAAAACCACGCCUCUUUAGACCAACACAACUAUAUAUUGUACAUCAUGAUUAUCGGCGUAAAAGUGUGAAGUAAAAAGGAAUUCUCUUUUCUUAUCCAAAUAAUAUUUGUUGCUUUUAUUCUCGAGUGCAUACAUGCUUACGCGAGAAUUCUGUAAGUUCUACAUCAGCAGUGUUUAUUAUCAAGACAUAAUUUUGGUUGGUUAUGUCUAAAGUGUAGAUUGAGUAGUAGUAAUCUUUAACAUUAAUUUUUUGGUUUGCAAAAGUACUUGUCUUAUCAUAACAUCAAAAUGACUUAUACGUUAUAUACAUUCAUAAAUAUUGAUUAAAAACGGGGUUUCUCAUACAUACGACAAGGCCCUUUUUAGUUCGUAUUUCAUUCAUAUAACUUGUACAAUAUAUGUGUGGACAAGUGUCAACAAAGAAUUUUUCAACCUUAUGACAUCCAAGCGGUGUUUGUGUCUAUAUAUUGUGUAUGCGUGUGCUAUAUAAGCUUGUUGAUGUAAUGGUCACGAAUAGUGAUUGAUUUAGUUGGAGUAAUUUAAUUUUCCCUUUUUUGUUCUUUCAUUACCUCUAUACACAUAUUUGUAUCCAGUUUUAUUGUAUUUAUCUUUCUAUUGUAUCAUUAUUAUUACUAUUAUUCUUAGUUGCUGGGUUCAAGACCCAUGUGUAACUGUAUGUUUACAGGAUUUCAGUACCAUUACCUAUAAUUUCUUAUUUUUAUUUCUCUUAUUGUUCUGUUUUGUCAGUCAGUCAUCAACAUAGAACCUAGUAAAAAUGUGCGUUGGUG